UAUUCUGAUUGCAGGUUCAGUGCAACUUGGCCUAUAUCAGGGACAUUGGUUUUUAUUUCCUCAAUAAGAUUUUAAAUUUCUCAAGACCAUAUCUUACACUUCUUUCCCCUACCCCUGCUCCCAACAAGAUCUAGAGAAAUUAAUAAUAAUAAUUUAAUAAUUAUUGUUAAAUAUUAGAAGUCUGUACAUGUGUUUUGGGAGGAGAAAACUCACCUCAAUGGUAAGUGAGUGAUAGCAUUUCAGAGCUAUUGCCUUACAAAAUUGUAACUAUUUUUAUUCUCUUCCGUAAGUGCUCACUGACCUUUAUCAUGGAGCAUUUUUCAGAUGAUAGAGUUUCAGUAUUUAAGUUUUAGGAUAUUCAGACACCUCCAGAAACUGAAAAUCUGUUUACAAAUCUAGCAAUGACAUAGAUACAUUAUUAAGCCAAACAACACAGGAUAUAUAAAUAAUACGUACACUAUACACAGAAGAGUAAACAGAAGUGAAGAUUGGGUUGACAUCAUGGUAAGGUGUCAAAUAUGGGAUAAUAUGGAGUUAACCAGAGCAAUUUCACCAGGGGAGUUGGAUUUGAAGUAAGUUCUGGCUUAAAAAUAUAAAAAUGUUAGACUGGCCCAGUAAGAACAGCUUGAGUUCAGGAUUAGAGACAGAAGGCACAGAAAGGCAGAAUGGGGAUAAAUCCAGCGAUGUAGACUCAAACUAGAAAACGGGCUCAAUCCAAGAUUUUGUUCUUCCCUCAUCAAAUUAUAUUAUUGUCAUAUCUAUAAAUGUAUUAUGUCAUUUGCUCAUAUAAUAGCUAACAUUGACAUAAUGGUUACACUUCUCAUUUUGAAUUUUAAACUGCAAAAUACAAUCAUUGCAUGUGUAAAACAUUACUUUCUUUCCACUUCCUGAAUUGUUCUGCCUCACUUCUACUCCAUUUCCGUUACCCUUUCCUUUCACCUGUGCACACCACUGACCUUUGUCCCAGCUGCCUGCCAUGGCUCAUUUAGAUUCCUUUCUGUGAUCUGGUGUCCCUGAUACAAGGUACCACUCACCUAACAGAUGCAUCCCUUGCCUUUCUCAUGCAGGUCAUAGAGUACAGUGGAAAAGCCUGAAUUUGGAGGUAGAUCUGGGUUAAAUUUUGAUUUUUUCCCACUCACUCAACAUGUGAGUUUGCAAUUUUCUUAUCAUCUUGGACUUUUUCUUCUCAUAUGUAAAGAAAGGGGCAUUAAUUCUUACCUUGAAGGUUAUUGAAGAGAUUAUGAGAAAAUGUGUUUCAGAUACAUUCAGAUACACCCAGUUUCUGCCAGAAUGGGUGCCUCUCAUCAGUGUUUCUCAGUGUGUGGUCCCUUGAACACCUGCAUCAGAAUCACUUAAAAUGCAGAUUCUCAGAGUUACCCUAGGCCUUAUUUAAUUCAAAUUUAUAUGGGUCAGCCUGAGAAUCUACAUUUUAAGCAAAUUUCCUGGAUGAGUCUAUGCACUUUGAGUUUGAAAAUCCCUGUGAUAUGUAUUUAUCCUCCUCUUUUCUUCUUUUUCUUUCCCUCUUCUCAUUCUCUCCCCCUCUCUGUCUCUUUUUCCCCCCUUGAUCUCAUUUAACAAUACAGUGUGCUUGAAGUAUGUCCCUUGUCAGGUUAUUUUCACUUUUCAGAGUUUCAUUUUUCUUUGAUGUAAAAAGAAAAUUGCCUACUUCUCCAGUCACUGCUUAGAAUAAAUUAUUAAAAUGGUAUCAAUCACUUAGAAAAGACACACACACAAAUGGUAGCUGUAAUAGAAAUCAUUAGAGUUAUUGUAGGGGUUCCUGUUUAUGCAGAACAAGAUGCAUUAACAUUCGUGUGUGGCUUAUAACAGAAGGUAAUCCAGGGCUGGGACUAAUGUGAAGUGAAGAAAGCACUUGCCUUGGGUACAGACUUAAGGCUUUAAAGGGAUGCCCCAAAUUUAGUAGUUAAUAUAAAUAAUAUUUUAAUAUUUCAAAAAAUAUCAAAGUCAAUUAAAUCCACUCUGAACAAAAUAUCAAAAUUUUAAAUAAGGAUAAGAUCAAUAUUAAAAUUUCUUUUUCAUUUUGUGUCAGGUUCCACUAUGGCCUACCAUGGCACUGUUACUGCUCUAAAAUAUUGCAUUAAUUUAUUCUUUAUCUUAAUUAUUGAGAUUUUUGGUGCCCCCUUAAAUUACACAUCUGUGGCAAAUGCCUCACUUGCCUCACCAUAGUCCUGGCUCUGGCAUAUUUCCAUGCCUUGAAUCAUUUCAGUGUUUAAUUAGCUAAGACAGAAUGGUCUGUUUCCAUUCCGUCCUUUUUUUUUUUUCCCCAGAAUCGCCACUUAAGCUUUUAAGUGAAUUUUUAUAAAUACUGUGUUUUUAAUAUAGAUGGGAAAUACCCACAUCUUGAGAAUGUCAGUGUGGAUGUCAGUAGUUCAGAUGAGUCUCAGAGAGAGAUAUCAUUUUGCAAAUGACAGUGUCACCUUAAGAUUACAUUACGUAGAAGAAACAAUCUAUAAAUCUAGUGUUUGAGGCCCAUUUCUGAUUGUUUUCAAUAGGAACUGGAAAACCAGGAGUCAACAAAAAAGGAAAAAAAUGUUCAAGUAGAUCAGAAUCAGCCUGGCAAGAGAAGUGAUCAUGGAAGGAGAUUUUUGUAUAAUUAAAUGUCAGUUUGCAUUUUGAAAUAUUGCCUGCUGCCUCCCACUCAAUCACCAAAUGAGAUGAGAGGGAAUAUUCUCUAUGCAAACCCGGAACUGACAGCAGCACUUGUUGGGUUCUCCGUGAAGGGUGAACUAUAGAUCAGAAGGAUCAGAGCAGAUCAUUUUCUCAAGGCAAUAAAAUUUUGCUGAGAAAUGAAGUUAGACAUUAUAAUUUCCCCCUGUAAGAAAAGCAAGUAAAUAGCAGACAAAAAGGAAGCCGUAUAAACUUCUGGAAUUUUAGAGUGGGGAGGAAUUUUAGAGGUUAUCCAGUUUAUUCUCCUCUCUUUUUAGAAGAAGAAUUUGAUGCACAGGUAGAUGGGUGGUUUCUUAAGGUCCCUCAAUUAUUGAGUGACGGACAGAGGUGCCAGUCUCUUCCACCUGAUGCUGGGAGCAUUUGUUAGGUUGAGAAGCAGAUGUUCUGCAUUUCAACCUCAUCAAAAAUUAAAUUGAUAUUUAUGGGCUAAUCUGGAAACCUAAAUACAAUUUGUUUCACUACAACUGUAAGAAAGCAUGUUCAAAUUCCCAUUGGCUGACUUAUAAAGGGGCUUUUGGAACACAACCUAAUGUAUGAAGUACUCAUUAAGCCCUAACAACUACCCUGAAGAUGGUAUUAUGAAUAUGGCAACUUUUCUACGGGGCUUUGAAGAAAAGGGGUUAAAGAAUGACAGGCCUGAGGACCAGUUGAGUAAAGAGAAAAAGAAAAUUCUGUUCUCCUUCUGUGAGGUGUGCAACAUCCAGCUGAACUCCGCAGCCCAGGCCCAGGUCCAUUACAACGGUAAAUCCCACCGCAAACGAGUCAAGCAGCUGAGUGAUGGGCAGCCCCCACCACCAGCCCAGGGCUCUGGGCAGCUGCUGGCCAGCCCCAGCACCAACACCAGCGCAGGCAGUACAUGCCACACUGCUACACUUCCUGCUCUUGUGCGCACACCUACCCUGAUGAUGCAGCCUUCACUGGAUAUCAAACCAUUUCCACUGUCUUUUCCAGUGGACAGUAGUUCUGCUGUGGGGCUCUUUCCAAAUUUUAACACAAAAAGAAGAGGCUUAUUUGGGACCAAUAAAUUCUGCCAGAUGGAUCCUGUGCAAAAAGCAGUCAUUAACCAUACUUUUGGAGUGUCCAUUCCCCCAAAGAAGAAACAAGUUAUUUCUUGUAAUGUCUGUCAGCUUCGCUUUAACUCAGAUAGCCAGGCCGAGGCCCACUACAAAGGAAGUAAACAUGCCAAGAAGGUCAAAGCACUAGAGGCAACGAAAAAUAAACCCAAAAUGGUUUCUUCCAAGGACAGCGCAAAGGCUAAUCCCAGCUGCUCCAUCACUCCAAUCACAGGCAACAGCUCUGACAAAUCAGAAGAUAAAGGGAAGUUAAAAGUCAACAGUUCCAGUCAGCCAUCAAGCUCUGAAGGUGGCUCAUUUCUCCUCAAAUCAGGCACAACACCCCUGCCACCUGGAGCAGCCACUUCUCCCUCAAAGAGCACGAAUGGAGCUCCCGGUACCUGUACCGUUCCUGAAUCAGAAGAAGAAAAAGCCAAAAAAUUACUGUAUUGUUCACUAUGCAAAGUGGCUGUGAACUCCCUGUCACAGCUAGAGGCACACAACACAGGAUCUAAACACAAGACCAUGGUGGAAGCUCGUAAUGGGGCUGGUCCAAUUAAGUCCUAUCCUAGACCUGGAUCAAGAUUAAAGAUGCAGAAUGGCAGUAAGGGGUCAGGACUACAAAAUAAGACAUUUCAUUGUGAAAUCUGUGAUGUUCAUGUUAAUUCAGAAAUUCAACUCAAACAGCACAUUUCUAGCCGAAGGCAUAAGGAUCGAGUUGCAGGGAAGCCACUGAAGCCGAAAUACAGCCCUUACAACAAACUCCAGCGGAGCCCGAGCAUUUUAGCAGCAAAACUUGCAUUCCAGAAAGACAUGAUGAAGCCUUUGGCCCCGGCCUUCCUGUCGUCGCCCCUGGCGGCGGCGGCGGCGGUGUCGUCGGCGCUGUCGCUGCCGCCCCGGCCGUCGGCGUCGCUGUUCCAGGCGCCGGCCAUACCUCCCGCCCUGCUGCGGCCGGGCCACGGGCCCAUCCGCGCCACGCCCGCCUCCAUCCUGUUCGCGCCCUACUGACCGCCGCCCGUCCGCCCCGCGGCGCGCCACCCCGGCCCCGACUCCAAAGACUAAGAAAUCACUAGGCUCCAGAGUGCUUUUAGGGACCGCUCCCGAAAUUAGGGAUCUGAGCAGCACAGGCUUUGUCCCCCCGUUCUCCACCCACCCCCCACCCCCUGCCGACCUCGAUUUGUGUAUCUGAGAUAUUUGGUUUCUUGCAAAUGUAUCGGUCAGAAAAAAAUAUAUAUCUAUAUCUAUAUACCAUCCUCUGACUAUUUUCCCAUGGGUGUGAUCUGGCUUAGAAACGAUAAGGAAUCUUUUCCUGACAGACUUGAAAACUAGGGUCUUCUCCCACGUCUGUAAAUAACUCUGGAAUCCAACUGAGCACAUUCUAGUGUGGAACAAAAAUAGAUGAACACAAGUGCUUGCUUGUGGAUCCCAUCUUACCAACGGAUCACAACGUUUUCCUUCAUGGUGUACUAUUGUUGACAGGGAUUGUGUACUGUUUUAGACCCAAGUACUGUUGUAUCCUGUGUAGUACUAGAUCUGUAUCUCUUGUCUGAAUUCAACAUUUUUUUAGUCGCUGUGUAAAUGUUAGGAAGCAAAGUAGCUUGAAUUCUCUCUAAGAGAACAAAAGAUAAUGUAUUUUCUUUAUUUCACGUUUCAUUUGGUGAUAUUGAAAAGAACUAGAAAGCCAUAUAACAUAGCUAUAAUUACUGUUUGCUAUUUUUGUUUAACUUAUUUUGUAGCUUCCUCACGAGUUUGAGUUGCUAAGCAAAUGUAUACAACCAGAAAAAGAGCUUCCUCAAUUGCACAUUCUUGCACCUCUCGUGCAUUCUGCAAGGAGACAAUGAAUCCAUGUAUUUCUAUGUAAUUAUCUUCUUCAUUUUUAACCUGUUUUCAUUUGUUAACGAUGCUACAUAAUUUUGUGGCUCCCUAAUGCAAUAAUGUACAGAAGAUUAAAAAAAAUUUAUAAUUGAACAAUUUGUCUUUCUGUUCACUGAAUAUGUUGCAGGUCUCGCUCCCAUGCCCCCCCUUUCUAAACUGAUAUCAACAAGACUGGAAUGUUUGUGGUAUCAGGGGCAAGAGGCAUCAUAAAACAACAAAAUAGAGUGAACUCUUUUAGAGCAUCUAUAUCUGCAAUCUGUAAAUGGUAAAAUGUCUGUGUAUUUUUUUAAAUGUACCUUUUCAAUAAAAGUACAAAAAAUAAAAA